AUGAAGAGAGAAAACUACACAUUGGUGAGUGAGUUUGUUUUCCAGGGUUUCUCCAGCUUCCAUGAACACAAGCUCAGCCUCUUUGUGGUAUUUUUUGCCUUGUACCUUUUAACUCUGGCUGGCAAUGUCAUCAUUGUGGUGAUCAUCAGCAUUGAUCAUCACCUUCACACCCCCAUGUACUUUUUCUUUAGUAUGUUAUAUUCAGAAACCAUGUAUACACUAGUUAUUGUACCACGCAUGCUCUCUAGCCUCAUAGGCCCAAGCCAACCCAUUUCCUUGGCUGGCUGCGCCACCCAGAUGUUCUUUUUUAUCACUUUGGCCAUCAACAACUGCUUUCUGCUUACAGCAAUGGGGUAUGACCAGUAUGUAGCUAUUUGCAACCCCUUGAGGUACACAGUCAUCAUGAAUAAGAGAGUGUGUGCCCAACUAGUGUGGGGUACCUAUAGUAUCGGGCUGCUUGUGGCCAUAAUUCAGAUUUCCUUUGUGUUCAGACUGCCCUUUUGUGACAGAGAAGUGGCUCAUUAUUUCUGUGACAUUCGCCCAGUGAUGAAACUGUCCUGUGAUGACACUGCUCUACAUGAUAUAAUUAACUUCAUUGUCAGUUCACUGGUUAUUGUGGUACCCAUGGGUUUGGUCUUCAUUUCAUACAUUCUCAUCAUCUCUGCUAUCCUCAAGAUUGCUUCUGCUGAGGGCCGGAAGAAGGCUUUUGUAACUUGUGUCUCCCACCUCACAGUGGUCAUUAUCCACUACGGCUGUGCCUCCAUUGCCUACCUCAAACCCAAAUCAGAAAACACAAAGGAUCAGGACCAACUGAUAUCAGUGACUUAUACAGUUUUUACUCCACUCCUUAAUCCUGUCAUGUACACUCUGAGGAACAAAGAGGUUAAGGAUGCCCUUAACCAUGCUAUUGGCAAAAAACUUCUUGCUUAG